GUGCAAGUCAUUAGUCUAUCAUGCUUUUUGUUUAAAGAUAAAAUAUAUUCCUUUAUAUUAAAGACAUACGUAAUUCAUUGUUUGUCUUUUAUAUCCAAUAAAGCUUUUUGACUGUGCCUCGCAGUCAUUCAUUUCUUGUUCAAAAUUUAGAAUUGUUCUUUAGUAGUAGAAUUUUGUGCUUAGGCUUUGGCUGGUAGAUAACGUUCAAUUUUAUACAAUUUGUUUUGUUUGGUCACCUAUAGCCAUGGGUCUCACUCUCAUACUCGUUGCUUGCCUUCUUUUCCCUGGAGCGACUCUCUCUUCGAGAAUCCUCAUCUACAUUCCUUUGCCGUUCUACAGUCACCAAGCAGCUUACAGACCUUUGUUUAGGGAAUUAGCAGACAGAGGUCAUCAUCUAACUUUACUCACUUUAAACCCUAUGCAACACCAUGAGAACAUUACUCAAAUCGACUUAAGCGUGGUCUAUAGGAUUUUGGAAAAGGAAGGUUUUUAUGAAAUGCUGAAAUCCGGAGAGGGAAUUGAACUUGUAUUGAAGCUUUUUGAUAUGAUGCCGCUGAUUGCUGAUAUUGAAUUGAGUCAGCCAGGAAUGAAGGAAUUUGUUGAGGGUAGUGGGCAUUUUGAUUUGGUUAUAACUGAGUAUUAUGCCAGUAUAGGAGCUGCUUUUGCUUAUAAAUACAAUUGUCCUUUAAUAGGUAUAAUGUCAAUGGAUGCUCAUCAAAACGUUCAUAACGCCGUUGGAAAUCCCACCCAUCCAAUACUGUAUCCUCAUUUUGAUUUGGCUUACACUGGUAAGCUCAAUUUCAAGCAAAGAUUUAUGAGCAUAGCCGUAAACUUCAUUUGGCAAUUUUAUUUAAAUAAAAUUAAUAAAGAGCUUGACAGAGUCGUCAUCAAAAAGUAUUUCGGUGAAAAUAUGCCUCCACUAAAAGAGUUAGAGAAGAAAGUCGGUAUGAUUUUCAUAAAUUCGAAUCCAGUGUUUCACGGUGUGAGGCCUUUGACUGUUCGCACUGUUAAUGUUGGUGGUGGGUUGCACAUUGAGGCCCAGCCAACACCCUUACCAGAAGAUAUAAAAACUUAUUUGGAUGAAGCGUCACAAGGUGUAAUAUACUUCAGCUUGGGCAGCACAGUUAAGAGUUCUCAGUUAUCCUCGAAACUAAAAUCAGUGCUAGUCAAUACAUUAAGUCAAUUGCCUUUUAAAGUUUUAUGGAAGUAUGAAGAUGAAUCACAGCAGGAGAUUGUCAAAAAUAUUCUCACCAGGAGUUGGUUGCCUCAGCAGGCCGUCCUUCGACAUCCUAAUGUAAAAUUGUUCAUUACUCAGGGUGGUUUGCAGAGUUUGGAGGAGGCCUUGUUCGUUGGAGUUCCAGUUUUAGUGAUGCCGUUUUUCGGCGAUCAGGUUUUGAAUGCUAGAAAAGUAGUUGAGUAUGGUUUAGGCUUGUCAUUGAAUCCUAGCAGUUUAGAAGAAGCAGAGCUUAGAAGUACUAUUAUGGAAAUUAUUACAACUGAUAGCUACAAAAAUUCUGCUCAACGACUGGCCAAACAAGUAUCCGACCAACCGAUGUCAGGUGUGGAAAAAGCCGCUUGGUGGACCGAAUAUGUCCUGAGACAUCCGGAUCUGGAACUAUUGAGAAGCGAUAAGUCUGAUUUGCCUUUGUAUCAGUAUUAUUUCUUGGACAUUUUAUGUGUUUGUUUUUUGGUUAUUUUAAUUUUUAUCUAUUUAGUUAAAUUUGUUAUUGGUAAGUUGCUUAACAGUUUGUUUAUUAUUUUAGAAUUUAUCGUGUCAGUGAAUAAAUUGGUAUUUACAUUUUGUUCUGAAAGCAUUAAGAGGAAGGUUGAAUGAAUUUGGAUUAUAGUUAAAUGAGACAAUUUUCUCCCUCAGAAGUACCUACAUGUAGGUAUAGCAACUUAAGUUAGCCUAAUAAUGAAAUUAUUAUUAAACACUGGAUUUAUAGUCAA